UCUCACUAUAAUUCACUGCAAAUUCUGUUUCUUGAUUUCUUUGUUUCUUAUUGAAUUCUCUUGCUUUUGGCCGUUGUUUUUCGUUUGAGGAAGCCAUGAAUGCUCUUGCAGCUACCAACAGGAACUUCCGCCAUGCAGCUCGCAUUCUUGGCCUCGAUUCUAAGCUUGAAAAGAGCCUGUUGAUCCCUUUUAGAGAAAUCAAAGUUGAGUGCACCAUCCCAAAAGAUGACGGGAGCCUGGUCUCUUAUGUCGGAUUCAGAAUUCAGCAUGAUAACGCUCGUGGUCCUAUGAAAGGCGGUAUCAGAUACCACCCUGAGGUUGAUCCUGAUGAGGUGAAUGCUUUGGCUCAACUGAUGACCUGGAAGACAGCCGUUGCGGACCUUCCUUACGGUGGAGCUAAGGGAGGAAUCGGCUGUGAUCCCAGAGAAUUGAGCAUAAGUGAAUUGGAACGCCUUACUCGUGUUUUCACUCAGAAGAUCCAUGAUCUUAUUGGAGUUCACAGGGAUGUUCCUGCUCCUGAUAUGGGAACUAAUGCACAGACAAUGGCCUGGAUGCUGGAUGAAUACUCAAAGUUUCACGGUCACUCAUCUGCUGUUGUUACUGGCAAGCCGAUCGAUCUUGGAGGAUCAUUAGGUAGGGAUGCAGCAACUGGCCUUGGAGUUGUCUUUGCAACAGAGGCUUUACUUGCCGAGUACGGAGAGUCCAUUGCUAAUCAGAAGUUCGCUAUUCAGGGAUUUGGGAAUGUGGGAUCUUGGGCAGCUAAGUUUGUUCAUGAGAAAGGAGGCAAAGUUGUUGCUGUCAGUGACAUUACUGGUGCAGUUAAGAAUCCAAAUGGACUCGACAUCCCCGCUCUGCUUAAGCAUAAGGAAAACAACCAAAGCCUCAAGGAUUUCCAAGGCGGAGACUCUAUGGAUCUGAACGAAGUGCUUGUUUGCGAAUGUGAUGUUCUCAUGCCAAGCGCAUUGGGUGGAGUCCUCAACAAGGAGAAUGCUGCUGACGUGAAGGCGAAAUUCAUUAUAGAAGCUGCGAAUCACCCCACUGAUCCAGAAGCAGAUGAGAUUUUGUCCAAAAAAGGAGUCGUGGUGCUUCCCGACAUCUACGCGAACUCAGGGGGCGUGACUGUGAGCUACUUUGAAUGGGUCCAGAACAUUCAAGGGUUUAUGUGGGAAGAGGAGAAAGUGAACUUUGAGCUGAAGAAAUACAUGAUGAGGUCUUUCAAACACAUUAAGGCAAUGUGCAAAACUUAUGACUGCAACCUGCGAAUGGGAGCCUUCGCUCUCGGUGUUAAUCGUGUAGCUCGCGCUACUCUCCUCAGGGGUUGGGAAGCUUGAUGGAGGAGAUCUUCCAUUUGUAUCUUCGAUCACCUCCGACCCAAUGCCGGGCUAUUGGCGUAAAAUUAUCCGCAUGUUUUUUUUCCUGCUUUCUAGAUUUCUAUUUUUUCUGAGACAUGAAAUGCUGUGUGGUUUACAGCAGCUGCAAGUUUUUAAUUAAGGAGGUGAUUUAUGAAAGAAAUAAGAAAUGAACUUGA